AUGUCCAACUACGAACAGGACCACAAUAUCACCAACGAGUCUGCCAACGGAUCCACCGACCAAGACGGAAACCACCCUCGAAACACUCUCGGAGCCAACCUCCAGCAGUUUCUGAAUGUCGAAAGAGAUCGAGAUCGGAGGGCUGGAGUGUCGGACACUAACCCCGGCCCAGAAUACGUUCCUGCUUUCGAGCGGGCGAUCCGCCAGCUAGACAGGAACGAAAUCAUCGACUUCUUCGUCCAGUUCAUCGACGGACUGGAUCUCCAGACAGGUGAAGCCCCCAAGCCCAAGGGGCUGGGUCAGGAGUAUCUUGACACCCUGGAUCGUGUCCCCAAGAAGCAGCUCAAGGAGUCAGACUCAUGCGCCAUCUGUUCCACGCCGUACCUGGAGGAUGAGUUUCCACUGGUAGUGCGACUUCCAUGCAACAGAAAGCACCACUUUGAUCUGGAAUGCAUCGCUCCAUGGCUCAAGCUGAAUGCCACCUGCCCCAUGUGUCGAAAGGAUCUGGCAGCCAAGGCCGAGAUCGAGCCUGACAGCGAGGAGGAGUUUGACGACACUUACGGUUAA